UCCAGAAACACGUGUACAUCUUGACGGGUUUCAAUCCUUCAUGAAGUCUUAGCGUCCUGCUGCAGCUCCCCUGAGGAAGCACCUCUGGAGAGAAGGGAAGGGCAUUGCCUAAGAGCAGGGAGCGAGGCGGCCCCUGGGCUGGGACGAAAGCCCCCGCUGCCCUGCAGUGCCAAGUGGGGCACGCACAGGGGAACUUGGCGACCGAGAGGGGUGAGGCCCAGAGGCCAAGAUAAACAGGAAGCUCCUAACCAAGAAGCAGACCAGGAAAGAAGCGUUAGAGCGAGCAGAACUCUCACCUCUCAAGACCUUGGCACAGAGUGUGAAGUCAGAAAGCGUUGGUCGAAUGAAUGAAUCUUUGCAGAAAAUGAAAUCUUGACGAUAAGCUUUUUCCCCGAGAGAAAAGUAAUUCAAAUCUGCCCAUCCUUGUAUGAGAACAGACCUGGCUUUGAAGCUCAGACCUUUUUCCUGUGUUCAUACUUCAGAAGAAGAAGACACUAUUGAUAUCAUCUGAGAGGAAGGAAACAGUGCACCGUGCCGAGAGCCUGCACGUAACAUCAUAAAAUUAUCAUUUUACAGACCAGCCUCCAAAACAGUUCCCAGAGAUGGAUUAUCUUUCUUUCCUUUUUGCUAUUCUGCACGUAUACAAAGCUCUCUCUGAAGAGAUAUUUUGGGACACAACUGUUAAACUUGCCAAGAACAUGACUCUAGAAUGUGUGUAUUCAUCGAUGGACACCUUAAGCCAGAUGGAAUGGUUCAAGAUCAAUACAACAGAGAAACAGUCCAUAGCCAUUUUCAGCCCUACGCUUGGGGUGAACAUAAGAGAGCCCUAUGCUGAUAGGGUUUACUUUUCAAAUUCAACUAUGGCUUCCAAUGAUAUGACCCUUUCCUUUCAUAAUGCCUCCGAGGCUGAUGUUGGCUUCUAUUCCUGCUUUCUUCAUACUUUCCCAUCUGGAUUUUGGAAAAAGGUGAUACGGGUGGUUCAGUCAGAUAGUUUUGAGAUACCUGUGUCGCCGAAUAACCACGUGGUCUCAGAACCCGGGAAAAAUGUCACACUCACCUAUUGGCCUCAGAUGAAGUGGCUGAUGGGUCAAGUUACCUGGGAGAAGAUCCAGCCCCAUCAGAUUGACCUCCUGGCUCUCUGUAACUUGUCCCAGGGUAGAAGUUACUCUCCAAAGUACCAAAGACAAGUAUUGACCAACUGCAGCCAGGGCCUGGGAUGGAGCUUUGUUGUCCUUCCUCACGUCACUGUCGCCGACUCGGGACUUUACCGCUGUUGCUUCAAGGCCAGAACUGGAGAAAAUGAAACCUUCGUGAUGAGAUUGACCGUAACCGAAGGUAAAACCAACAACCAAUAUACCCUCUUCCUGGCUGGAGGGAUAGUUUCAGUGCUGCUGCUUGCUAUCCUAAUCUACAUUGUCAUUCAUUGUAACAGAAGGAGAAGGAGACAGAAAAGAGUUCUAAAUAAGGAGGCCUGGUAUACACAGAAUAGGCCAGCCAACAACUACAGAAGUCCCAUCUCGACCAAUCGACACUUGGAAGGCGCAGGAGAGGAUAUUUAUGUCAACUAUCCUACCUUCUCCCGUAGACCAAAGACUAAACCCUAAGCUUUUUCCUUGAUCUGAGCAAAUUAAUAAUGACUAUUAGGUACAUGAGAUCUUUGGGAAAUUUCUUCCCACUGCCCAGGUUGAUUUAAUUUAUUUCAUUUGACAAGAAAAAUAGUGCAUUACAUUCUUAACAGAAAUGUUUCAGAAAACCUGACUCUAAUGAGUUUAUACAUAAAUGGGAACUCAUUGAAUCAUGUAAUGAAACAAUCCAGGGGACAAUCACGCUUCAGCAAGUCUUAUUUAUGAGGGCUUAAAUGGUCUAGAAUUAAGUAUGGGCAUGCACUGGUUUCUGGAUCGCCUUCCAUGGUGUUAGAGCCACUUCUAUGGUGUUGGAUCAACUCCCUUGGUGUUGGGUUGACUUCCUUGGGGUUGGCCUAAUUCUCAUGAGGGUUCUCCCAGUGUUUCCAAGAAGGCUGCUAAUAACUCUUGGCAAUUCAUAAUCCUUGUUUUGUGUCUGCAAGAAAAUUUGCUUCUUUAGUAUGGCAAACAAAUCAGGUUAUUUGUCCAUCAAUAAAAUAGCGUCAUGGCUAGAGAGGAUGAAAUGGCUUAAUUUAUAUAAAUGUUCUACUUCUAGAGCUGGGGGUGGGGCCAAAACACAUUGCUGGGAAAUUCAUAGUACUGGCAGAGGAAGGAAAGGCGAGCCCAGAAGCUGGGGAGGUUACCAACAAAUGUUGGCUGCAAUGAUGUUCCAAGGCAGUCCUUGUUAACCAACUCAAAAGUGGAUAUGGGGGUGCAUCUAGGUUAGCUCUCUCUCUCUUUCUCUCUCCCCACUUUUAGAAUCUGCUAUAUCAGCAUAGUCCGGAAGGGUAAUUGGCAGCAGAAUAAAUGAAAAAUCAAAAGGAAGUUAAAAGUGCCAGGGAAAUCUCUUCCCUUUUAUUAUUAUUGUUAUUACUAUUAUUAUUAUUAUUUAUCUCUGAUUCUAUCUAGAAUUCUGGCCACUGUGCCCAGGCCUAGCCUUCUACAACUAUAGAAGAUGGUCCAAAAAUAGCUUCAUAUUUUUAAUAUUGAUUUUUCUUAUUUUUGAGAAUUAUUUUUAAUAAAUUAAUUCUCUUAAAGGGGUCAGGCACUUAGGCAUUAUUAAUUUUUUUGAUAGUGAAAUUUGAAUACAAGGGAAAUAAUGAUACUUGGAAGUGGUGGUAUGGGUUAAUAGGGUAGAAAAUUGAGAAGGAAGAGAGCAUUGGGAGGAGACAGAGACAGGAAAGGGGAUCAAAGAAUAGAAGGAUACAAGGAAGAACUGUACCAUGAUUUGGCCAAAGACAGCCCAGUAAUGCCACUGAAAAUAAAGGAGACCAUACCUGAUAUUGUCCAAAUUUUAGAUGGAGGCAAACAAUGAAGAGUAUUAAUGAAAUUGAAUAAAUAAUCAUGGUCAUCUUGAAACCAACAUGGUCAUUUCCAAAAAAAUGUGAUCAUUCAUCUCUGAAAGGUUCAUUACUCAUUUUGAUAAAAGUGGCAUUUCAGUAUCAAAGUUGCAGAUCUGGCAUGAAAAUCUUAAGUGAUGCAAAAACAAUUUCUCAUGUUGUCCACGCAGAGUCUAAGUUUGUAAUUUUCCAUUUUAGUACAUCAGUGAAUACUUUUGUGAUAUUACAUACUGUGCCUGCCAAAUAGUGCAAUUACUCCGAAUUACAGACAUUUUGACAGGCCCUAUCUGUUUCAGAAGGGAAAAAAUAAAAACAACCAUUUCCCAGUUGCACUUGUAUAUAUGCAAGAGGAGUUAACAACUCUCAUUUUUAUUAUGUUUGCAUACAGAUCCUUAUAUCUGGAUUCAUGAAGGGUUUCCCCCAAUAGAGUAGAAUAGCAGAAUAGAAAUGACAUUCUACUGUGUUGUGGACCUAUGCAAGUUUUCAUGGCUGGAUUAAUAAGUUGCAUGUAGGGUGAAGCUGGCUCAAAGAAACAGUAUCAUUUAAAAGCUAAACUAUUUUUUUUCCUAAAAGUUGAAGACAAUGAAACUACUACUUUCUGGAAGAUUCUGAAAACCAAAUUCUCAAAGAUUGAUGUACUUGAGGAGGAAGACAUUGCCACCAUUGUAACGUGGGGAAAGGUCAAUCCCGUUCCGGCAGAGAAAAUUCCGGCAGAGAAAACUUGUACUGGGAUGUGAACUCCACAAGCAUUCGGCAUCGUCCUGGGAGCUUGUCCUCGUGGCUCCAUGGAAGACUUUUGUGACAAACCGUCUAAUUGCUGCAAAGCCUCGAGAACAUUUGGAAUUUGUCUCUUUUUCCAUGGGUGCUUUAUUUAUUUUUAAAUCUCUCAAUCAAAACUUGAAUGAGAACUACCUACUUGGUCCCUUCUUCUUUUCUGUAUAUUCUUCCUCUGCAGAGCUCAGAGUGUUUUUCGGGGCUUCAAGAACCUACAAAAUUCUGCAAAAAUUCUCUGCCUCCUUGCUGCUCCUAUUACACUCUGCUUUUACACUGACAGAAUUCCGUUCCUUCAUGUACAUUCUCUGAAUGUUUUCAUUUAGAACAUUUUCAUUUUAGCUUUUUUAAAAAAUUUUUUAAUAUUAUACUUAAUUCACCAGAGUUUGGGGACUCUACCUCCUAUAUGUUUUGUUUUCUCUUAAUCUCUUGUGCCCACUAUUCUGGUUGUCAUUGAGGAAACGGGUAGAAACAGACCCACAGGAGAAGAGAUCAGAAUUGAAAUAAUUUAUAUUCUAAGUCUCUUUGAAAGUGGCUGCUUAGAAAGCAAGGUUCUUCCUAAUACUCUUUUUCACAUAUGUAAUUUACGCUGGUAUACAAUACAACAAAAAUAAAAAGCUGUGUUUCCUUUGAAUGCCAUUAUUUCAGUAUUUACAUUAAAGUAACCAAUGAAAGGGGAUCGCUGAGUGCUGAGUAGGUAGGUCUGUUUGUUGAAUGUCAUUAUGGAGAACACACUUGUCGGGGAAAGAAGUCUUAUUAACCUACAGUGAGUAUCCUUUGAUUCUGCUAACAUCAGUGAAGCCGUCAGACAACUUCUCUCAUGUUUAUGGGUGGGAGGCAGGUGAAGACUACAAUUUUCAUUUUAAAGAUUCAAAUUUAUAGAAUGUUUUCUAUCAUUCAGUUUAUUACUAAGUUUCCACACAUGUAAAUUUAAAAUACACUGACUAUCAAUUUACAAGAUAAAGUAAGAUAAAAAUAAUUUUUAUAGGUUUACUUUUACUGUCUCAAAAGUUGUGCUGGUUUAUAUAGAACUGUAUUAAAUAAAAAUUACAGCUGAAUUGCAGUAAUUUUCCAAACUAGUAGGGUUCAAAUUGAAAUUCAAAAUCAUUGCAAUUCAAAAUGCUUCUCCUUGGUUUAUAAUGAGUGCUGUAUUUUGUACUGUGUGUACGAAAUUUCAACGAGGUUGAAGAGAAUGUAGAAUAAAGAGGCUUAUAAAGUAUAGGUAGAGAGGCUAAAUUGUGAGUAUAAACUUUAGCCUCUUUCCACACUAGCCACAAGAAAAUAUCUUUGAAAAAUAUAAAACAGUACAAACAUGUAACAUCAUUGUUUUAUUAUCGUUAUUUUGGCCAUUGUUAAAAUGUCAUGUCUAGGAAGGAUUGACUGUUACAUUCAGGCUUUCGUAUAAAUGAGUAUAUUUUUCAUUGGACUCUUCUUUGGAAUUAUUCUUAGUCUAUUGAACAUUUACUGGAAAAAAAAGUUUUUUUUUUUUAACUUACUAGUGAGCCAAAAGGCAGAACUGCAGUUUCCAGAAUAAAUGGCAAUACCUUCUAAAGAAAUGUUAUAAAUAUUUAAGGUUGGUUUACAUACAUGUUUUUAAAUAUUCAAAGCACUAACUACCUUGUGAGGUAUUGUACAAAAAGAUAAUUUGUGUAUAUGGGUGAUAAAUAAUCCUGGUUUAUACCUGGUUUAUGUCCCUGUUUGAGUGAUAGUGUAUGGCUCCCCUAUUUAAAAUGCUUUUUCCAGUUUUGCUGUGCAAUUUAUGAGUAAUUGGUUUUUGUAGGGCAUGCACAUAUUUGCCAUGAUGUAUUGUAUUUCGUUGUUUCUAAUCAAUAAAAUGUAGUACUCCA